AUGGCGCAGUUCCUGUUGGAUCCAGACCUGCACGGGCUGCUGAAGCUGGACACGCUGAUCCCGACCGCGCCGCCUGCGCGAUGGCAGCGCAAGGCCAAGGAGAGCGACCCCGGGCCCAGCCCCGUCGGCGUGUCGCCCAUGAAGCUGGCCAAUUGCUCCCACAGCUCCAGCAAGACGCCGUCCAAGAUACCCAGUGAGUGCCGGCCACCAGCGGCAGAGGACGAGUGUGGGCGGGAUUGCUACAUUCCCAACCGCAGCACUAUGCAGAUGGAGAUGGCAAAUUUCCUCCUAACCAAAGAGAAUGACCCUGCUGAGGAUUCCCCUACCAAGAAGGAGCAACAGAAAGCCCGGGCAGUGCAUCUGAAUGGUUUUGAUGUAGAAGAGGCAAAGAUCCUCCACCUCAGUGGAAAACUAGAGAAUGCUCCAGAAGGCUGUCAGAAUAACCUGAAAAUGCUCUACAGUCAGAAAAUGGCACCUGGAUCCAGCAGGAAGAAUAGCAGAAAUAUUCCCUCAAAGCCAGAACGGGUCUUGGAUGCACCAGAGAUGUUCAACGACUACUAUCUGAAUCUCAUAGACUGGAGCUCCCAGAACUUCCUGGCAGUGGCUCUGGAUGACACUGUUUAUCUGUGGAAUCACACUACUAGGGAGAAAAUCCCCCUGCCGCAGAUGGAGCAUCCAGAUGUUUACAUUUCCUCUGUGUCAUGGAUUAAAGAUGGAGACUACCUUGCUGUUGGCACAAGUAGUGCUGAGGUUCAGCUAUGGGACGUUGAGCAGCUGAAACGUUUCCGAACCAUGACCAGCCAUUGUGGCCAUGUGGGAACCCUCAGCUGGAACAGUUACAUCCUCUCCAGUGGUGCACGGACUGGGCACAUCCAUCACCACGAUGUCCGAGUGGCUGAGCAUCACGUGGCCGCCCUUGCUGGCCACACACAGGAGGUGUGCGGACUCAAAUGGUCUCUGGAUGGCCACUACCUGGCCAGUGAUGGCAAUGACAGUCUGGCGAACGUCUGGCCAUGCACCCAAUGUGGGGGUGGAGACUUUUCUCCUGUACAGACCUUCACUCAGCACCAGAACGUGUGUUCUGGCGCCUGCCUCAGUGCUGUUGAUACCCGUUCCCAGGUCUCUUCUAUCCUAUGGUCAACAAACUAUAAGGAGCUCAUUUCAGGCCAUGGCUUUGCACAGAAUCAGCUGGUCAUAUGGAAGUAUCCAACAAUGACCAAGGUUGCAGAGCUGCAAGGUCAUACUGAUAGAAUCUUGAACCUGACCAUGAGCCCUGAUGGUACAGCAGUGGCCUCAGCAGCUGCUGAUGAAACAGUGCGGAUCUGCCGCUGUUUUGAUAUGGACCCCAUAAAGAAGAAGAAGAAAGAGAAGGCAAACAGAGCCAAAAGCAGUAUUCUUCACCAGAGCAUCCGCUGA